UCGUAGCCGCGCCCCGCAUUAAUGGCGAAGAAGCCUUCUUCUUUCCCUUUCGCGCGGCAUUAACGAAGCAUAAGAAGAAGAACCCUUUCUCUUUCUGCGAUUUUCUUCUUUCUCCAUUUUCAAGCUCUAAUGGCGAGGGCUUUAGCGACAAUCACCUCUACGGUCGGGGGACUCCAAUGGUGGAAUGAAAUUGAUGAAUCCCAAGAUUGGCAGAGAGGGAUUUACUACACCUUGUCCGCCUCUUAUGGCCUCAUCUCCCUCAUUGCCUUAGUUCAACUUAUUCGGAUUCAAAUAAGAGUACCAGAGUUCGAGUGGACUACACAAAAGGGGUUCCAUUUGAUGAAUUUCAUUGUAAAUGGAUUGAGGGCUAUUCUCUUUGGGCUUUAUAAGAGUGUCUUCCUCAUAAGACCGAAGGUUGUUGAAAUGGUGGUUAUGGAGAUUCCUGGACUUCUAUUCUUUUCGACGUACACACUGCUUGUUCUAUUUUGGGCAGAGAUAUACCAUCAGGCCCGAAGUCUUCCUAUUGACAAACUUAAGCCUACUUACUGUAUCAUCAAUGGAGUUAUGUAUGUUAUACAGAUCUGCAUUUGGAUAAUUGUGAUGUUAGACCAUUCUCCGGGUUCAGUUAUAGCUGCUAAGCUCUUCUUUUCAGUGGUUUCAUUUUCUGCUGCACUGGGUUUCCUGAUAUAUGGUGGGAGGCUAUUUGUCAUGCUGAGGCAGUUCCCUAUUGAAUCUAGAGGACGCCAAAAAAAGUUGUAUGAGGUUGGGUGUGUGACAACAAUAUGUUUUAGCUGCUUCUUUAUACGAUGUUUUGUGCUUGCCCUAUCUGCAUUUGACAAGGAUGCAGACCUUGACGUCCUAGAUCAUCCCAUUCUCAACCUAAUAUACUACAUGUUGGUAGAGGUUGUGCCUUCGGCAUUGGUUCUGUUUAUACUGAGAAAACUUCCUCCGAGGCGUGUAUCUGAUCGGUAUCACCCCAUUGAAUGAAGCUCUCAACAAUAGAUUAGGACUUUGAUUAGAGAGUUCUGUUUACUAGUAUGAUCCCUUCUAAUUUCAUCAAAAGUAGUUCUAUCAGCCGGAAACCAAAAGAAUACAUCUUUCGACGUGCAUACUUCUGCAGUUGGUAGAGUUUGUUCCAUCAGCGUUGGUUAUUUAUACUGAGAAAACUUCCUCCAAGGUGUGUGUGUGUAUCUGAUCGGUAUCACCCCAUCGAAUGAAGCUCCAGACAAUUUCUGAUCAGCAGAACUUACCAUUCUAACUAUGUAUUUACAGAUACACACUACUGAAUGAAGCUCUCAACAAUUUCUGGUCAGCAAAACUUUCCAUUUUAAUUUGUAUUUAAUUUUUGUAGCCGUUUGUUCUUUAGGGAUUCCACUGCAGAUUUUUUUUUUUUUGGUGGCUGAAUUUACAAUACACUUGCCUUGCUUCUAAUUUAAUCCAAACAUUGUUCCUUGACCUGAAAACAGCCAAAAAGAAUGCGUUCGUUAUAAACAAAAAAAUCCCAUUAUCUUCCA